AUGAUAUAUGAAACAGCAAUAUACCCAGGUGUUGGUAUUGGAAACAAUAUUAAACUUGGACACACGUUGUAUGAAGUUAUCAAUGAAUUAAACAAGUAUGAAUAUAGAUACCAAGUCAUGUAUUCUGAAAAGAAUUACUAUCAGUCACCAAUACUAGUUCAAAUAGUUGAUUUAGACAUUAGGUUAACGUUUCAAAACCAAAAGGAUCAAAUAUUGCGUUUGAUUGAGUUUCUACAUCUAAAUGGCAAGCAAAAAAAGAGUAGAGCUUUACGACUACUAUACAAGAAUCAAAGCUUGAAUGAAUUUGAACAGUCUUUGCAAGGUGACGACGAUGACGAUGACGAUGAUGUAUUCAACAAUCACUCAAAAUCACUGCAUUCGAUGAGUAUGAACAAUUCAAACUCACUCAAUGGUUCCAACCAGAUGGAAAAUGGAGCUAGGAUUACAUCAUCUGGCCCUUCAUUUCAAUUGAUCUACAACAAAAUCCUAGGACCAACAUAUCCGGGAGUGCUCAAUAAAUCCACCAAGUCGUAUAUCCUCUCAUAUCCGGGAAUCGCAUUCAAGUACAAGAUCAUCAAUGAGGAACUAUGCCACAAAUUGGUUGAUCAAUCGAGUGAGUCGGUAUUGGAUUCACUAAUUAAUUGGGAAAACCCCAAUGAUAUCGUCUGUGAUUCCAUUGCGGUAUUCAAGGGCAAAACAUGGAGUGAGUAUAAAGCAAAUAAUCAGGUGACGCAAAGCUCCAAUUUUAUAAUAGACCUAGAUAAAGGAGUUAUAGUAGCCAAUGGGAAUCGUUAUAUUGAGAUUGGGAAAUCAACGCAACAGGAUGUCAUUGAUAUACUAGGUCCUCCAGAAGACAAAUUCAACAAAUAUGAUUCAAGAUUACUCAUACACAACUAUCUUAGUGAUGACACAAGUGAAGAAGAUGCGCAAAAAGAUUUCAAGAAUUGCAAGUUUCACAAUUACUAUAAACUUGGUAUUGAUAUCUUGUACGACUUAAAAACUCCACCAACAGCUUCAGCAAACACAUUAAACAGUGUUGUCAAUAAAGUCGUACUUCACAAUGGAGGUAUUGUUGAAGAUCUUAGCUUUAUGAAAUGGAAUCGUUGUAACUGGACAAUUGAAUCUAGUCAAUUUGCAAAUACUAUAAAUUCAUCAAUGUAUUUUGAAGAGCUUCCUUCAGGAUUUAAAGAUUUGACACCAGUGUUUUUGAAUAGAUAUGAAUCAGAGUUUAUCGAUAAUGAUUUGGAUAUUAUUGAUUUACCAAACAUUGAUGUUAAAAAGGAUUCAGUAAAGAGUGCCAAGUUGAAAAGAUGGGGUCAGUCAAAACUUUACGGAUUAGAAAGAUGUAUUGUUGAAGUGAUUAACUCAAACGGUUGCAUAAGUAGUAUAACCAUAUACUGA